AUGUAUAAUUACUUUGACUGUAGACCUGCAGGCACACUAUACGAUCCAAGUAUGAAACUGUUUAUGAACACCGGUGGAAGUGCCAGACAAACAGAGUAUGCGAGCAUCAUUGGCAGUCUUAGGUAUGUCACUGAUUGUACUGGACCUGAUAUUGCAUAUGCCGUAAGAUUUUUGUGCAGAUUUACUAGUAGACUGAGUAACGAGCAUUGGCAAGCUAUUGAGCGAGUCAUGUGGUAUCUUAAAAAUACUAUAAAUCUUGUUUUGCAUUAUCAGAGAUUUCCUGUUAUACUUGAAGGAUAUAGUGAUGCAGAUUGGAAUACCUUAUCAGAUGAUUCCAAAGCAACUAGUAUCUAUAUAUUCAAUAUAGGUGGAGGAUCUGUAUCUUAG